AUGCUUGAGAUGAUACCUGGACUAGGNAACAUGGCCAUACCCAACGAGACCAAGUUUAAACGGAUAAUGCACAUGUUUGAUUCAAUGAUCAGGAAAGAACUUGAGUCAAAUGGAGAUGUGUUCUUAAAGGAACCAGGCAGGAUAGAUCGAGUGGCGCGUGGAUCUGGCACGCAUAGGGACCUAGUAAAAGGAUAUUUUUAA